CUCAUUAUAAUGACAAAGUCAAAAAUCAGUGGUGGAGUACAUUUCGAGUCUUUCAACCACAACCAAAAGUGUCUGUUGCAUUUGGAGCCAAACAGAUGUGCUUCAGGACAAACAUCAAGUUUGCAAGCUGAUGAGAUCGGAAGACCAUCAGUGUCGUUUCAAAUCAGUUGGAACUAGUGGGACAAGCUGAACAACCAAAUUUGUGGAUGAAGUUAUUCUGUAACUGAGUUUGUUUGCUUUUGUGGGAGAUGCCAAAAAGCCACAGGGUCUGAAGAUCUACGUGAGAAAGAUUAACGACACCAGUGGACCUACAGUGACAUUAAUGAGGUGAGAUUAUUAAUGAAUUAACACACAACUUGAAGGACAUAUAAAAGUAUUCUAGCUUGUCAGCCCUUGGGACACUGAGCAGAACAAUGGGCUCCAUAGACUCCAGACCCAGGGUGCGUAAAGUGGCCCCAUGUAAAAGUCCACAAGAAGAGGGGGGACCACUAAAACCACAAUGGACCCUCCCUGGUCUGCUGGUCGACCUGGAACAGCCAUCGGGAUCUUUGGAACGCAAAAAGACGUCCUUACCGCCGCUCAAACAGGAAAUAACUCUUUCAUCACUUUCAGAACUGAGCUUUGCAGAAGGGCUCCCGCAAAAGCAAAGCAGCAAUUCAAGCAUCAUUCAUUCUCAUCCACCGCGGAGACCCCAGGCACUGCAACCACUGGCUCUUGAUAUUGGCCACACAAGCACUGCCAGUCAAAUGUCCAUGGGCAUGGUCUGCAGAGAUGGGGGUGUCCACCAGUUUUUUACAACCGGCCAGACAGGACACUCUGGCACCAGCAGAAUGAUUCAGGGAGGAUUUCUGGAGGCCCAGACAGCUCUGACUCAACAGGCUCAUCGGCAUCGGCAAGCUCACCUCCGACGAGCCAGAGAGCAGAGAAGACGCAAGAUCGUCUACACAGCUAAUGUCGGAGCUCCAAACACAGAAGGGAUCCAGAGGCUGAAACUUGUACGAAGGCCCACAGAGAGGAACAUCUUCUUGGACGAGACGACAGGAGAAAGUCUGGACCCAAGCUGCAUCCUGGACGCAAAAGCUCUGCCUCCGCUCCACCAGCACAACGCACCGGUCCUGUGCAAAGCAGGAGAUGCGAGUCAGAAAGAUGAAGCUCAAGGUCCCAAAAACAGACUCGAGGAAAGAACUGUUCACCAAACUGGACACCGAGGAGUGUUUUUGGACAAUAAUCUCUCAUGGACAGCUGAAAGGAAAAUCAAGAGGAUAGACAACAGGGGUAAAACACAGACAGAUAGUUGGAUGUGACCUCAGUCAGAGCUACAAGGGGGAUCUGGGAACAUAAACUGAAGUAAGAGCACAUUUUGCAUACAGCAAUCUGGAUGAGAAAAGACAACAUUCAUACAUCACCAUAUCACUGCUUCGUAUGAUUUGCAAUGUCAUCAGAUCAGCUUUCCAGAUGAUCAAACUCAUGUUAAUAACAUAUUCCCUCUAUUACUGAGUUUAUGAUGCCCUCUACAGGUGAAAAUGAUGCACGGAAGUGAGAAAACCUGCUCUUGAGUCAGUGCAUCUGACGCUCAUCUAGCCUUUCUACAAUAUUGAUAGCAUACAUCUGAAAAUAAACUUGGGUUAAGUUCACAGACAUCAGAGAGAUGCAAGUUUGCUCUCUUACUGGACAUCUGGAAAAGAAAUUAGCACCAAAGAAUCCUUCAGCAUCCAGAGACAAUGCAUCUCAUUACUUUAGAAGAUCUGUGGCCCUUGAAGAAUGAUUAGCCAGAGAACCGGAAACUGCUAAUUGCACCAUCACUCCUCAAGUGGUCUCCCUGGGAGCCGGCCCUUAGUGAGCGUCGAGAGGCUGAGAGGAGCUGGACUCCCACCAAACACCUGAGGCCAAGGCGGCCGACAAAAGCCUGGUCCUCACAUCACACAGCCGAGGCCUGGACAGGAACUACAUCGCCAACGAUUGUCUAGAUAAAAAAUCAUAUAAACUGUAGUAAGAGUAGUAAAGAAAUUUGAACAGUCCAGUAUGCACUAUAUAGAGCUCCACCACUGGGUGUCAUUAUUGGGCUGAGGGACACAGUGAAGUGAACCUCCACAGUUCAGUGGGAAACCAUUGUGUUUUUAUUAUAAAUAAAGUGUUUUGAUAUGGA